AACUCGAUCCGCCACAACCUUUCCCUGAACCGGUACUUUAUCAAAGUGGCCCGCUCUCAGGAGGAGCCGGGCAAAGGCUCCUUCUGGAGGAUCGACCCCGCCUCUGAGGGCAAGCUGAUAGAGCAAGCCUUCAGGAAGCGCCGGCCCAGGGGAGUGCCCUGCUUCAGGACCCCUGUGGGACCUCUUUCCUCCAGGAGCGCUCCAGCUUCUCCCAACCACACAGGGGCACUGUCUGCCCACUCCAGCGGGGUCCAGACCCCAGACAGCCUGUCGAGAGAGGGGUCCCCAGUCCCCAUGGAGCCAGAGCCACUGCCAGCCCCAACUCAAACCACAACAGUCCAGCCCAAACUUGCUGUCAUCCAAGAAGCCCGCUUUGCACAGAACUCCCCUGGCUCCCCCCUCAACAACCAGCCAGUACUGAUCGCCGUUCAGCGCCAGAUGCCUCAAACAACCAUGAAGUCCGUGACCUACGCCAUGGCGACGCCAGCCAUAGUCACAACAACGGUUAGCUCCGCCCCCGUCAUGCAGACAGUGCACGUCGUCCACCAGAUCCCAGCCGUCACCAUGGCAACUGUUACUGGACAGCCUACUGCCACAGUGAGCCCAGAACCUCAGGAGAACGGAGGCGGAGAGCACCAAGAGAUCAAAGUCAAAGUGGAGCCAAUCCCAUCUAUCGCAGCCUCGUCUAUAGGUGGAGUCAGUCGCAUCAUCCAGAGCUCUCAGGCUGCCCCGCUGACAACGGUUACCAUCGUGCAACAAGCCCCCCGCGGUCAGCACCAACUCCCUGUAAAGGCCAUCACACAAAACGGGACCCAUCUGGUCCCCCUCGGUACUGCUGCUAGCACAG